AUGAAGACUAUUCAGACUCUUCCCGUGGCCAUGCUACUCUCAGGUGUCAUUGCUGGAGAGUUCCCAUCUAUGCCAGGCCUGGGCGCGAAGGGCGAGGAGGUAUCUGCCCCAGCCAAGCCGCCUGCCACUACUGGGGGUAGCCUGGGAGGUAAUUCCAACAACUGCCCUCCGGCUGUACCCGUCACUGUUACGGAGCCAGUUUACAUUACCGUAACGGAAUGUCCAGUAGCUCCAGAGGCUCCUCCGCCUCCAGCAGUGCCUGUACCUCCUCCUCAGGCUACCGGCCCUGUUCCUGAGGCGCCUGCUCCGCCAUCUCCUGGCGGAGAGUCAGGUCCUCCUCCACCCGAGGGACCAAAGCCACCAUCUCCUCCUGGUGGAGAGUCAGGCCCUCCUCCACCUGAAGGACCCAAGCCAGUACCUCCUCCUGCUGAGGAAUCUGGCCCUUCACCCCCCAAGGAAACAGGUCCCAGCACCAGCCCCGAGAAGCCCAUUGUUCCUCCUCCUUCUGGGCCCUCCCAGACCCCAGUUGGCCCCCCUGCCAUACCCGUCGCCGCUGGUACCAGGGAAACUUGGAGUAUGGGGGCUCUUGUCCUGGCAGGAGUUGUUGCUUUGGCACUCUAG